AUGGAGAACGAGGCACUCUUUGCGGGCGAACCCGAGGUUGAUGCGCAGAUGCGCGCCCGGGAGCGCACUGAAGUCACCGAAAACACGCGCCUAUUGUCUCAGUCUGACGAGCCAUCGCAAGGGCAGCCGUCCUGGCGAAACCCAAGUAUAUGGUGGCUGCUCCCAUUCGGCGUGCUUUUCAUGCUGGGGUUUGGUGGACUUGCUGUCCCCAAGAUCAAUUUGAUACUUUCGCUCAUUUGUCGAGACUAUCUCGCCGAAAAGGGGACUCAGGAUCCUACAUUCACCUAUCUCCCCGUCAUUUUCGGUGAGCAUAACCCUCAAUGUCAGAUCCCACAGGUUCAAUCACUUGUCGCCCAAUUCCAGCUUUACCUCAACUUGGCAGCCGGUAUCUUGUCUGCAUUAGUAAGUCCCCGAAUGGGGCAUUUGUCUGAUCGAUACGGGAGAACCAAGAUGAUUGCGCUGGGGGCGAUGGGCGCCGUGUUCAAUGAGAUCAUCACUGUGAUUGUGGCUACAUGGCCGGACCAAUUCUCAGUCAACUUCCUUCUUGUCGGUUCGGUCAUGGAUGGACUGGGGGGAUCUUUCACAACCGCUCAGGCUCUGAUACAUUCCUAUGCAUCGGACUGUACGCCGACAGAGAAGCGAAGCGUAGCAUUUGGUCUUUUCCACGGUGCUUUAUACUUUGGAAUUGCAGUUGGGCCUGGAGCUGCCGCAUUUUUGAUUAAGAGCGGAGGCACGCUGCCUGUUUUCUACAUCGCACUUGCGCUCCAUGUCACUUUCUGUCUAUCAGUAUGGUUUAUUGUGCCAGAAUCUCUACCUAAAGACCGACAGCUCGCUGCCCGAGAGAAACAUCGAUCCAAGGCUUCGGGUGUCGACACCCCCAAGUGGUAUACUUGGCAGGUCUGGAACCCAAUGAACCUGAUCACUCCUCUGGCGAUCCUAGUACCUGCCGUCGGACGACCGAGCAUUCUGUUUCCCAACCGCCGGGGUGCGAGCCCAGCUCUCCGGCGGAAUAUUGUCCUCCUGGCAGCCAUCGACACAGCUGUGUUCGGGGUUGCAAUGGGCACGGUUCAAGUGAUCAUCAUCUACGCUGAAUAUAUGUUCAGCUGGGGAAGUGUGGAGUCUAGUCUCUUUGUGGCGGUCAUCAACGUGGUGCGUGUCGUCAACCUUUUCGUUGUCCUCCCAAUUAUUUCUCGACUCUUCCGUACUCCUACCAAAGAAGAUGGUACGAUUCGCGGGUCUGACACGCUGGACGUUGUCCUCAUCCGCACUUCGAUUAUCUUUGACGUAUUGGGUUAUGUUGGUUAUGCCAUGUCCAGCCAUCCAUCGGGGAUGAUCGUUUCUGGCGCCAUCGCCUCCCUAGGUGGCAUGGGAUCGGCAAUCUUGCAAUCAUCUAUCACCAAGCAUGUGCCACACGAAAGAAUUGGGCAAAUGCUCGGGGCUACUGGUCUUCUGCAUGCUCUUGCUCGGAUUGUGGCGCCCACAGUUUUCAACCUAAUUUACAGCCUGACUGUAGCGACACUGCCACAAACAGUCUUCGUAGCCCUUGCAGUUGUUUUUGCAGUGGCAUUCUUCAUGAGUCUUCUCAUCAGACCACAUGUUACCCUCGAAGACGAGCCUGCCACUGAUGCUGAGGCUGAAGCCAAUGAAAAUGCGAACGGUGAGGACGAUGCACUUCUGCUCAAUAGAUAG